AUGGCAUCUAUGGCACUAAACCCACAAUACGAUGCAAUCGGAAAAGGUUUUGUACAACAAUACUAUGCUCUGUUCGAUGACCCGGCACAACGAGCAAAUCUAGCUAAUAUGUAUAAUGAAACAUCUUUUAUGACCUUUGAGGGGGUACAAUUACAAGGUGCUGUUAAAAUAAUGGAAAAACUAAAUAGUCUGACAUUUCAAAAGAUUGGCAGACUAAUAACCUCAGUUGAUUCCCAGCCCAUGUUUGAUGGAGGUGUUUUAAUUGAUGUCCUCGGUAGAUUGCAGACAGAUGAUGAUCAACCACAUGCAUACUUCCAAACAUUUGUGUUGAAGCCAAUAGGAAUCUCAUUCUAUGUUGAACAUGACAUGUUCAGACUGGCUCUUCAUGAUUGUGACGAGGACCCUCCACAUCCAUACAUGCAAACAUUUGUUUUAAAACCACUGGGAGACUCUUUCUUUGUGCAGCACGACAUAUUCCGCCUCGGCAUCCACGACGUCGCUUAA